GAAAGUCACGCACGCCCACUUUUUAAGAACAAAAGCUCAAACUCUCUCUCCUCUGCGAUCGCUUGCUCUUUCUCUCUCCCUCUCUUCUCUCUGCUCCUAACCGAUCUCUUUCUCUCAAUCUCGCACACAUUUUGAAGCCUGUCAUCUCAAGCUCUUCGAGGCCAAUCUCGCCCGAAAAUGGCAAAAAGUGAGGAGUGCUGCUCUACUCAGCUUCUUGACGGGGAUGGUACAUUCAAUGUCACCGGAAUUGAUCAGUUUAUUAAGGAGGCAAAAUUGGCUGAAUGCGGACUUUCUUAUGCCGUUGUCUCCAUUAUGGGACCACAAAGUAGUGGAAAGAGCACAUUGUUAAAUCAUUUAUUUGCUACCAACUUUCGCGAGAUGGAUGCUUUUAGAGGAAGGUCGCAAACAACCAAAGGUAUUUGGGUUGCAAAAUGCGCCGGCAUUGAGCCUUGCACUCUUGUAAUGGAUUUAGAGGGUACCGAUGGAAGAGAACGAGGAGAGGAUGAUACUGCAUUUGAGAAGCAGAGUGCCCUCUUUGCUCUUGCUGUUUCAGAUAUAGUGCUCAUAAACAUGUGGUGCCAUGAUAUAGGCCGUGAGCAAGCUGCAAACAAGCCUCUCCUGAAGACUGUGUUCCAAGUGAUGAUGCGAUUAUUUAGUCCGCGUAAAACAACCCUGAUGUUUGUCAUCCGUGAUAAGACAAGGACGCCGUUGGAAAAUUUAGAACCAGUGCUUAGAGAAGACAUUCAGAAGAUAUGGGACUCUGUUCCUAAGCCUGAAGCCCACAAGGAAACUCCACUAAGUGAAUUUUUUAAUGUUGAGGUUGUUGCUCUUUCAAGUUAUGAAGAAAAGGAAGAGCAAUUUAAGGAGCAGGUUGCUAGCUUGAGGCAGAGAUUUUAUCAUUCUAUUGCACCUGGUGGUCUUGCUGGAGACCGACGGGGAGUGGUUCCUGCUUCAGGGUUUUCGUUUAGUGCACAACAGAUAUGGAAAGUCAUCAAAGAAAACAAAGAUCUUGAUCUUCCUGCCCACAAGGUCAUGGUGGCUACUGUACGUUGUGAAGAAAUUGCAAAUGAGAAGUAUGCUGCUUUUGCAGGAAAUGAGGAGUGGAGUGAGUUGGAUGAGGCUAUUCAGUCCGGUCCUAUUUCUGGCUUUGGGAAGAAGCUCAAUUCAAUCCUUGAUACUUAUCUAUCAGAGUAUGAUGCAGAGGCUAUAUAUUUUGAUGAGGGUGUCAGAACUGGGAAGCGCCAGCAGCUCGAAGAAAAAUUGCUGCAACUUGUCCAACCUGCGUUCCAAGCUUUACUGGGACAUAUAAGAUCUGGUACUCUGGAUAAGUUCAAGGAAGCAUUUGAUAAGGCUUUGAAAGGUGGGGAGGGAUUUUCAGCGGCUGCUCAUAAUUGCUCUCAGUCCUUUAUGGCUCUGUUUGAUGAAGGAUGUGCAGAUGCUGUUAUCACACUAGCAAACUGGGACACAUCAAAAGUAAGGGAUAAACUUAAACGAGAUAUAGAAGCCCAUAUUGCUUCAGUUCGUGCUGCUAAGCUAUCUGAACUUACUGCACUUUAUGAGUCAAAAUUGAAGGAUGCAUUAUCGGCACCAGUAGAGGCUCUUCUAGAUGGAGCUAAUAGUGAGACCUGGCCCUCAAUAAGAAAACUUUUCCGGCGUGAGACAGAAUCAGCUGUCUCCGGGCUCUCUAGUGCACUUUCUGGUUUUGAUAUGGAUGAAGAAGCUAAGGGCCAAAUACUUGCAAAUCUGGAGGCGUAUGCAAGAGGUGUGGUAGAAGCUAAAACAAAGGAAGAGGCUGGAAGGGUUUUGAUUCGUAUGAAGGACAGGUUUGCAACGUUAUUUAGCCAUGAUUCUGAUUCAAUGCCACGUGUCUGGACUGGGAAGGAAGAUAUUAGAUCAAUUACCAAAACUGCUCGUUCUGCGUCCUUAAAAUUGCUUUCUGUUAUGGCUGCAAUCCGUUUGGAUGAUGAGGGCGCUGAUAAUAUUGAGAAUACUUUGUCCCUUGCCUUGGUGGAUUCCACAAAUGCUGCUGUUAAAGAUCGGAGUAUCACGACCGCUGACCCACUGGCUUCAAGCACUUGGCAAGAGAUUUCAGCAUCAAAAACAUUGAUCACACCUGUCCAGUGCAAAUCUUUGUGGCGGCAAUUCAAGGCAGAGACUGAGUACAGUGUUUCUCAGGCUAUUUCUGCACAGGAAGCUAACAAGCGUAAUAACAACUGGUUGCCACCUCCGUGGGCUAUUGUUGCCUUGAUUGUGCUGGGAUUCAAUGAAUUUAUGACACUUUUAAGAAAUCCUUUCUAUCUGUGCGUCAUCUUUGUGGGCUUUUUACUCGUUAAAGCCCUAUGGGUGCAGCUAGACGUCGCGGGUGAAUUCCGCAAUGGUGCUCUUCCCGGGCUUCUAUCCUUGUCGACCAAGGUGGUACCAACUAUCAUGAACAUGAUGAAAAGACUAGCAGAAGAAGGGGCAAAGCCUGCAGCUAAUGAUCCUCCGAGGAACCCUGCACCAGCAUCAACAGGCUAUGGGAAAGAAGGGAAUUCUAGCAGUGAAAUGUCAUCAAGUGGCUCAUCUGGAGUGACAGAAUCUGAACACUCCAGCUCCUCAAAACACGACUAGUUUAAACAAUCUGAACAAAGACUGUUUUUUCUGUUUGAAGAUUCUGGUGUUCUGCGUACUUAAUGUAAGGGUGUUAAGUCGCGUAUCAUCCUCGUAUAUUAGUUCUGUGAGCUUGUAUGUUACCUUUGCAAGCGUACAGCAGUAAUAGUUUUGUAGGCAUCAUUUUUUAGCGAGUGCCACAUACAAGGGGCAGUUUGUUGUUUUGAGGAAGCCCCAUUAAGCAUUUAUUUUGUCAGCAUAGGUGUUUUCUUGUUUAUUUGGUGUUGGAGGAGCUACUAAAGGCUCCUUUCAGUGAUCGAUAUUGAUAUCGAUCACGUUCGUUGAUUGCAUCAGUUUUGUAUUGCUAAAGUUGUAACCAUGCUUGGUGUUGGAGUUAACUGAAUAUUGGCAAGCAAUUCACUCAGUAUUUCAUGUGUAAGAACACUCCUUUGGAUAAAAGCUUAUGCUAAUUCUUUUUGGUAA